ACCCAAACGGAAUCCGAAAGUCGCGGCCCCACGGCCGGCACUUCCCCUUCUGCGGUUUCCUUGCCUUCUCCGGCUCAGCAAAGCUGGGCGAUCCUGACAUAAUUUCCCCGUCAUGAUGCGCUCGUUCUUGUCGCCUUGAAAUCCUGCGCCCGCCCAGCGGCCGGGGAUAAAAGGAGGGCAGCGCCGCAGGGGCCGAGCGUCGUGCAGAGGAGAGCCCAGCAGCCCCCCAGCUCCAGCUCCAGCUCCGGCCCCGGCCCCAGCCCCGCUCGCGAAUCCCUCGGCCCCCGCCGCGCCAUGAAGGUCCCCGCAGCCGCCCUGGUCGCUCUCCUCCUCGUGGCCGCCUGCUCCCCGUCCGAGGCCCAUCUCGACGGCGUCCCCACCGCCUGCUGCUUCAGCUACCACCAACGCCCCGUCCCGCGCGGCCUCGUCGCCUCCGUCUACGUCACCAGCAGCAGCUGCGCCCAGCCGGGAGUGAUCCUGGUCACCAAGAAGAAGAAGAAGGAGCUGUGCGCGGACCCCUGCGAGCCCUGGGUGCAGGCGCACCUGAAGCACUUCCAGACCCUGAAGGACUGACCCUUCCCCGCUGCCACCCGCCAUGCCCCUGCGGCCGCCCCCGGCGGGCUGGGCUUCCAGCCCCGGGCACGCGGGAGCGUUCUUGAACUGCAGCCGCCUUCAGCCGGAACGUUUAUUUUAUUUAACUUAUUUAAGUUAAAAUAAAUAUAUUUUGCUAAGACAAGG